AUGAAUGGCGAGGACAACUAUGAGGAUUUCAAAGAUGAACCAAAGUGUACAAAAGACGAUCAAGAAGAUUUGAUGUCUUUCAAUGAAAAAUUUGAAUUGAUCAAAAAGUCUGUUGAGAGUAAAGAUGAGGGGAUGAUAGAAUACUCACUCAUGGAACUCUUUUUAAAGAAAUUCGACUUGACCAAUACACUCUUACCUGACAUUUUCAUGUACCUCACACAACACAUCGAAGUCGUAGUCGAAGUCAUUGAGUUUAAUGCAAAACUUCUUAUAAUAUUCCACACAUUAUGUUCAAGUGAUAUCAAAGAGUUAGUUCGACCAUUUGUAGAUGCGUUAUAUACCACCGCUUCACCUCGAGAGAUUUUACUCGUCCAUACAUCUAUUCCUAUUUAUACAGAAGACAAAAAUACUCUUCUGAAUGCACUCAGCUAUCUCCCGAACAUCAUUAGUUGUAUCCCAAGUCCAAAAAUCGAAUUGUUGUUCGACAAGAUGAAAGAGUAUGUGAUGAAUACAUAUCAUUCACUCGGUGACAUCUCAUCAGAGUCUGACAAAAAUGUGAUAUACAACACUAUCGAUGCAGCUUUGUCAACUGUUCCAAGUUGUGAAAAAGCGACUUCACUUCUAUUGACCAUCAUAUCAAAUUUCGAAAUUAGCGAAACCCUAGAAUCCAAAUUACAAGAUAAAGUCCUUGCAAAUGGACAUGUCGCUAACGCGUUUCUUUCUCUGAGUGCUGAGAACGUUUUAGUGUAUUUAUCGGUCAACCUUCAGCUUCCUUUAGUCUUAAGUAAAUCGGUGGUUUAUAAAACAGUGUUAAAUGCAAUUAAAAAUGCACAACUUCCCUCACACUCCGUUCUCAAAAUAUUAGAAACAUUAAUCGAAAACAACCAAGACGAAUUAGACGCAGAAAUUGUGUUGAAAUUAUACACCUCACUAUCUUACAUACAAACAGACGACCUCAAAUUCCAAAGAGAAAUUGUGAGCACCUUCGAGUCUUUCAUAUUCGACCGACCAGCUCCAGUCAUAUACGAAAUACUCAAACAGAACAUUUCAAAUGAGAAGUUUCGAGCGCUAUUUUCAUACUCCAUUAGACUUAUGAUAACCCUAGUUAAAUCCAUUUCAUCGACACUUGAAGCUCACAAAGUGCUUAAAUGUUGUGAGGGGAGUUCAGUAGUGCUUAGUGGAAUUCAUGACAUUAUCGAAAUAGCAUUACAAAGGCCGGACUUUUAUUCUCUCGACAAAUAUAUGAUUGUACAAUGUUCUGAAGAUAUCAUGUCGACGUGUUCAUUUGUUCAGUUGAUGGUCUGUUGUAAUUAUGGAACGACACUCCAACCAAAAAAAUACUUAGAAACGCUCGAGAAAAUCUAUGUGAAUCUUCUCAAAGUGCGGACGAUCUUACAACAAGGGAUGACACACGACGAUAAGAAAGAACUCGAAAAGGCUCAAUUGAUCUGUAAUAUCACUGCCAACGGUGAGAAAGUCGAUUUCAACAAGACUGACGCGUUUGAACGGAAUGUCUCGCGAGUCGAGUUGUGCAUAUUUCGAGUGGAGAACACGAUAUCUGCGCUCAAAAGUAGAGUCACUUCUGCAAUCAAUUAA